GUUAUUAUAUUCUUUUCUUCCCCUGCAGGCCCGGUUAAUUUGUUCAUUCCGGUUUCUUCGCGUCAGCAGCGCAUCUUAUUCUUACCCUCUUCCCUAACGCGGUUUUGGAAAACCAGAAAAAGGGAAGAGAGAGCGAGAGAGAGGCGCGGGAUCUAAUUAGAUUUGAUGGCGGGAGAGGAAGGGAAGCCGCUCCGGAGGAUCUCGGAGGCCUUCGAGGGCCUCGCCGAGACGGUGAGCUCCAAGACCGCCGCCGUCGAGGUCGGCCCCUUCUCCCGCGCCUGCUCCCGGGUCUCCGUCCUCUUCGGCUGCCUCGGGAUCGCCUUCAAGUUCGCCGAGAUGGAUUACGUCUCCAAGGUGGAGGACUUAUCAGAGGCAUCAAAAUCUAUCUCUACAUUACACUCUUUGCUUGAUUUAGAUGUUCAGAAGAACUGCGUGAGACAAGCUGGUAGCCACUCACGCAACCUUCUUAGAGUGAAGCGUGGACUUGACAUGGUCAAGGUGCUGUUUGAGCAAAUUCUAGCAUCAGAAGGAAAUUCCCUGAAGAACCCUGCAUCAGUGGCUUAUGCAGAAGUUUUUGCUCCUCACCAUGGAUGGGCCAUAAGGAAAGCAGUAGCUGCAGGAAUGUAUGCCCUUCCUACAAAAGCACAACUUUUGAAGAAGCUAAAUGAAGAUGAGGCCUCAGCGAAGGUUCAGAUGCAGAAUUACAUCAGGGCAUCUGCUCCAGUUAUUCUUUAUAUUGAGGAACUAUUUCACUCGAGAAAUUUGGGUAUAGAUUGGUGAAUGAGACAUGCUGUCACCAAUACCUGCUUUGUUUAAUUCAGUAGCUACUGUUUAUGUUGGCACACACAAACCUGUCCGAGCAUUAUGCCUAAAAUGAUGGAGUUGGUGCAACCAUUGCUAUCUGGAGAUGUGUUAUGGGACUAAGAUGAAAGCUUCCUGUAGUCCAGCAACCAAAAAAAAAAAAAUCAUAACAAGAUUUCUCCAUGUAGUCAGGCUUGUCGUGUGUACAAUUUCGUAAGAAAGCUAUCUGGGUAAACUAUGAUGAGUUGAAUUUAGAUGUUAAUUUGCAUACAUUGUUUCCUCAGAAAAUAAAAGAAAAAAAAGGGGGAAAAAAGAAAAAGAAAACUUAUAUUGUAUGCACGAGUCCUUGCAGGAUGUUGUCAAGCUAUUUAACUUAGGUAAUGUUGAUUCUUGUGCUUGUCAA